UACCGUCUACAAAUACUUUUCCCCUCUCGCUUCAUCUUCUUUCGAUCUUUCCCCCGAAUUGAAACCCUAAUAAAAAAAACAAUUAAUCAAAAUAUAUGUCCAAUAAAAUAAAAGAGGGUUUUCGUUGAAAAAGAUCGAAGAAAAUGUCAGACAAACCACCACUAAGAAAGUCGGUUGUGAUCCGAUCCGUUUGGUGUCACACUUUGGAGUCCGAAUUCGAGAUAAUCAGAUCCGUCGUCGACAAAUUUCUGAUCAUCUCAAUGGACACGGAGUUCCCCGGCGUUGUUUUCAGGCCAAGUUCCCCUGGAAGCGGCGGCGCCCAGUACCUACGGCCGGCUGACCUCAUGGAUCAUUAUAAAAGCCUCAAAGCGAACGUCGAUUUGCUGAAGAUGAUCCAACUCGGCUUAACACUCUCGGACGGUAACGGAAAUUUACCAGAUCUGGGCACGGAAAACCAAUUUAUCUGGGAAUUCAAUUUCAGAGACUUCGAUAUCGCGAACGAUGCCCAGGCUCACGAUUCCGUCGAACUUCUCCGUCGCCAAGGCAUAGAUUUUGAGAAAAACCGGGAAAUGGGGAUCGACUCGGUCCGGUUCGCGGAAAUGAUGAUGUCAUCGGGACUCGUUUUGAACGAGGACGUUACGUGGGUGACUUUCCACUGCGCGUACGAUUUCGGAUACCUCGUGAAGUGCUUGACGGGCGAGUCGUUACCGUUCAAACUCACCGAUUUCUUGAGCCUCGUGCGCUUGCUCUUCGGAGACAGACUCUACGACGUCAAGCACUUGAUAAGGUUCUGCGCUGGCUUGUACGGGGGGCUCGACCGAGCAUCUAACUCUCUGUCUGUGAACCGGGCUAUUGGGAAGAGCCAUCAGGCCGGUUCCGAUAGCUUGCUGACAUUGGACGCGUGGUUGGAGGUCAAAAGAAGGUAUUUUAGGGAGGGGGAUGUUGAGAAUUAUGCUAAUGUUCUUUAUGGUUUGGAAGUUGAAUCUUCAUGAAAUAUUAAUGCAUUCUCUGCUGAUAAGUCCUCAUGGCAUUUGUUUUUAGUUAAAUCUUUGUACACAAUUUCUGGGUUAUUUGAUCAAUCAUUAAUAUUAGUAA